AUGUCUAAACGCAAAAAUCCAAUUAAAAGAAAAAAAGACUCAGCAACAAAUGAAAAAGAAGGCAUUGUUCAAAUAGUCAUGAGCAAAUAUUUUGAAAAAAAAAAGGAAGAACAACAAGAAACAAUAAAAUCAACGCAAAAUGAUAUUAAUAAUAGUAUUGAAACAACAAACGUUGUUAAAAAACGACGAAAAAUAGUCAAUAAAGAUGGAAAUGAUCAAAAAUGGGAGCCGGCUCAUUGGAAGGAACAUUGGAAUAAUAUUUUAGCGAUGCGGAUAACGAACAAACAUUUAGAACCUCGUGGUUGUGAUACCAUUGGUGAUACAAUUACUGAUGAAAAAGUUCGUCGUUUACAUAUUCUUGUUAGCUUAAUGUUAUCUAGUCAAACAAAAGAUACAAUGACAAUAGCAGCUAUGGAUCGUUUACUUGAACAUGAAUUUACGGUUCAAUAUGCACUCGAUAUUGAUGUUGAUCAAUUAGCAAAAAUAAUUUAUCCAGUUGGCUUUUGGAGACGUAAAGCUCAAUAUAUUAAAGAUACAUGCCAGAUAUUACGAGAUAAAUACAAUGAUGAUAUACCGAAUACCAUCGAGACUUUAUGCGCAUUACCAGGUGUUGGUCCGAAAAUGGCAUAUUUAACCAUGGAUUUCGCUUGGAAAUGUAAUCAAGGCAUUGGAGUUGAUGUGCAUGUACAUCGUAUUUCACAUCGACUUCAUUGGUUACCAUACGAUACAAAAACACCAGAACAAACACGUUUAGCACUUGAAUCAUGGAUACCACGAGAUCUAUGGAAUCAAAUCAAUCAUAAUAUAGUUCGUUUUGGUCAAACACAAUGUUUGCCAGUUCAUCCUCGAUGUUCGACUUGUUUAAACAGAUAUAUUUGUCCAGCAAGUACCAGUGAAGAUACAAAAAAAACUGCUAAACAAAAAAUAUAA